CCCCAGUCACUGAAUCAGUUAACUAGCCUGCCUUCUCUGGGAGAUUCAGCACCUGAGCGCAAGUCCCCUUUGCACCACCGCCAGCCUUCUGAUGCCUCUGAGACAACAGGCCUUGUUCAGCGCUGUGUCAUCAUCCAAAAGGACCAACAUGGCUUCGGUUUCACAGUCAGUGGGGAUCGCAUUGUUCUGGUGCAGUCGGUGCGGCCAGGAGGCGCAGCCAUGAAAGCCGGUGUGAAAGAAGGAGACAGAAUCAUCAAAGUGAACGGCACCAUGGUGACCAACAGCUCACACCUGGAAGUGGUAAAGCUUAUCAAAUCUGGUGCCUAUGUUGCACUGACUCUCCUGGGCCCUUCACCCUCAUCUGUUGGAGUCUCUGGGCUACAGCAGGACCCAACUCCGUCAGGAACUCCCCGAGUAACCUCUGUGAUCCCACUACCACCUCCACCACCUCUACCACCUCCACAGCGCAUUACAGGACCCAGGCCACUCCAGGAUCCUGAAGUUCAAAAACAUGCUACACAGAUCCUUAGGAAUAUGCUCAGACAAGAAGAGAAAGAGUUACAGCGUAUCUGUGAGGUAUAUAGCCGGAACCCCACCAGCCUGCUGGAAGAGCAGAUCGAUGGUGCCCGGCGGCGAGUCUCUCAGUUACAGCUGAAGAUCCAGCAGGAGACUGGUGGCUUAGUGGAUAUACUCCCACCAUAUGGUGAUACAAGCCAGAGAUCAUCAGAAGGUCGCCUGUCUCUCGAUUCCCAGGAAGGAGACAGUGGUUUGGAAUCUGGGACAGAACGAUUUCCUUCCCUCAGUGAGUCAUUGAUGAAUCAGAACUCGGUACUAUCUGACGCAGGACUCGACAGCCCUCGAACCUCUCCUGUGAUCAUGGCCAGCAUGACUCAGCACCAUAGGCGACAGGGCUCAGAUGCACUAGUCCCCCCCAUCAGCGACCAGGGUACAGAUCAAAGCCCAAAGCCUUUAAUUAUUGGCCCAGAGGAAGAUUAUGAUCCCGGUUACUUCAACAACGAGAGUGACAUCAUAUUCCAGGAUCUUGAGAAACUUAAGUCACAUCCAGCUCACCUGGGGGUUUUUCUGCGUUACAUCUUCUCUCAGGCAGACCCUAGUCCACUGCUCUUUUACUUGUGUGCAGAAGUUUAUCAGCAGACAAACCCCAAAGAUUCCCGAAGCUUGGGGAAAGACAUCUGGAAUAUCUUCCUAGAGAAAAAUGCGCCUCUGCGAGUGAAGAUUCCUGAGAUGUUACAGGCUGAAAUUGACUUACGCCUGCGGAAUAGUGAGGACGUUCGCAGCAUCCUCUGCGAAGCACAGGAGGCAACAAUGCCAGAGAUCCAGGAGCAGAUCCACGACUACAGGACAAAACGUACGCUGGGGCUGGGCAGCCUGUAUGGUGAAAACGACCUGCUGGACCUAGAUGGGGACCCUCUGCGAGAGCGCCACAUAGCCGAGAAGCAGCUGGCUGCCCUUGGAGAUAUUUUGUCCAAGUACGAGGAAGAUAGGAGUGCUCCCAUGGACUUUGCCCUCAAUACCUACAUGAGCCAUGCUGGGAUCCGUCUUCGAGAGGCACGACCUUCCAACCCCACUGAAAAGAUCCAGUCUGCUCCUGACAAGGACAAGUGGCUACCCUUCUUCCCCAAGACCAAAAAGAGCAGCAAUUCCAAGAAGGAAAAGGAUGCCUUGGAGGACAAAAAGCGAAACCCCAUCCUCAAAUACAUUGGGAAGCCCAAAAAUUCUUCCCAGAGCACAUUUCAUAUUCCCUUGUCCCCUGUGGAAGUCAAACCAGGCAAUGUGAGGAACAUCAUUCAGCACUUUGAGAACAACCAGCAAUAUGAUGACCCUGAACCUGGGACACAGAGGCUCUCCACGGGAAGCUUCCCUGAGGAUCUACUGGAGAGUGACAGUUCCCGCUCAGAGAUCCGCCUGGGCCGCUCUGAGAGCCUUAAAGGCCGAGAAGAAAUGAAGCGGUCUCGGAAGACAGAGAAUGUGCCCCGGUCUCGCAGUGACGUUGACAUGGAUGCCGCUGCUGAGGCCACUCGGCUCCACCAGUCGGCUUCGUCCUCUGCGUCCAGCCUCUCUACCAGGUCUCUUGAGAACCCAACUCCUCCUUUCACCCCCAAAAUGGGCCGCAGGAGCAUUGAGUCCCCCAGUUUGGGGUUCUGCACAGAUGCCCUCCUUCCUCACCUCUUAGAGGAUGAUCUGGGCCAACUGUCUGACCUGGAGCCAGAGCCAGAUGCUCAAAACUGGCAGCAUACCGUGGGCAAAGAUGUGGUGGCUGGGCUAAGCCAGCGGGAAAUUGACCGGCAGGAGGUCAUCAACGAGCUGUUUGUGACUGAAGCAUCGCAUCUGCGCACACUGCGUGUCCUGGACUUGAUCUUCUACCAACGGAUGAAGAAGGAGAACUUGAUGCCCCGUGAGGAGCUGGCCCGACUCUUUCCUAACCUGCCUGAACUCAUAGAGAUCCACAAUUCAUGGUGCGAAGCCAUGAAGAAGCUCCGGGAGGAGGGCCCCAUAAUCAAAGAAAUCAGUGACCUCAUGCUGGCACGGUUUGAUGGCCCUGCCCGAGAGGAGCUUCAGCAGGUGGCUGCUCAGUUCUGUUCCUCUCAGUCCAUAGCCCUGGAGCUCAUCAAGACCAAGCAGCGCAAGGAGAGCCGCUUCCAGCUAUUCAUGCAGGAGGCCGAGAGCCACCCCCAGUGCCGGCGGCUGCAACUACGAGACCUCAUCAUUUCAGAGAUGCAGCGUCUCACCAAGUAUCCGCUGCUGCUGGAGAACAUCAUCAAGCACACUGAGGGUGGCACCUCUGAGCACGAGAAGCUCUGCCAGGCCCGAGAUCAGUGUCGGGAAAUUCUCAAGUAUGUGAAUGAAGCCGUGAAGCAGACGGAGAACCGACAUCGUCUGGAGGGCUACCAGAAACGUCUGGAUACCACCUCCUUGGAGAGGGCCAGUAAUCCCCUGGCGGUAGAGUUCAAGAGCCUGGAUCUUACAACCAGAAAGAUGAUUCAUGAGGGGCCUCUGACGUGGAGGAUCAGCAAGGAUAAGACCUUGGACCUCCAUGUGCUGCUGCUGGAGGAUCUCCUGGUGCUGCUGCAGAAACAGGAUGAGAAGCUACUGCUCAAGUGCCACAGCAAGACAGCCGCGGGCUCCGCAGACAGCAAGCAGACUUUCAGCCCUGUGCUCAAGCUCAAUGCUGUGCUUAUCCGUUCUGUGGCCACAGAUAAACGGGCCUUUUUCAUCAUCUGCACGUCUGAGUUGGGCCCACCCCAGAUCUAUGAGCUUGUUGCAUUGACGUCAUCAGACAAGAACACAUGGAUGGAGCUCUUAGAAGAAGCCGUGCGCAACGCCACCAAGCACCCCGGAGCCACCCAAGUGCCCAUCCACCCCCCACUGCCCAGUCCCCAGGGGCCUGCCCACCAAAGCCCAGCACCCAGCAGGACAGGACUAGAUGACUCCGAAGUGUUCCAUAGAAGUUGUUCUGAACCAGAAACUGAGGGGCUGCCUGAAGGCACUGCACCCCAGCAGAGGGCCAGAGGGAAGCACCUGGUAUCACUGGAGCAUCCUGAGCAACAGGGCAAUGGAGAGGACGAGAAACUGGGGACCCUCCCUCACUCCCCCUCACCCCUGGAUGGAGAGAACACAAGCAUCAGGAUGAGGAAUCCCAUUCACCUGCCCCUCCCAGGCCCUCUGUUCAUGGAAGGACUUGCAGAGUCAGCCCUGGAAGAUGUGGAGAACCUGCGGCACCUUAUCCUAUGGAGUCUGCUGCCAAGUAAUUCCACAGAACCACAAGCCACUGCGGAACCUGAGGACGACCUGACACCCACCCCUUCUGUCAUCAGCGUCACUUCUCAUCCGUGGGAUCCAGGCUCCCCAGGGCAGGCCCCUGCUGGGGGUGAAGAGAACAACACCCAGCCUCCCAGUCUAGAAGGGGGCCAGCCAGAGCUGGAAGACAUAACUCUCUGUUCUCUAGAACAUUUGCCUCCCAGAACCAGAAAUUCUGACAUCUGGGAGUCUUCUGAGCUGCAUAGGAAUUCAGCUGAAGAGGCUUCAGGCACAGAGGCAGUAGGAAGCUACAGAGUUGUAAGAAAAGCUGAGGUGGCAGGCAGCAAGGUUAUCCCUGCACUACCAGAAAGUGGCCAGUCAGAGGCUGGGCCGCCUGGCGUGGAAAGCGGAACAGAGGCCGCGGGGAACUGUUUUUAUGUCAGCAUGCCAUCAGGACCCCUGGACUCCAGUACUGACCCUGCAAGGGCAUCCACCAGUCCCUCCCAGCCUGACAGCCUCCCUGCCUGGCAAACAGAGCCUCAGCCACGGCUGCAGAGUGGCAAUAGAGACCAACAGUGUCCCAGCCACUCUCCCCCGAGCCUGGCCCUCAGGGACGUGGGCAUGAUCUUCCGGACCAUUGAGCAACUCACCCUCAAGCUCAACAGGCUCAAGGACAUGGAGCUGGCCCACAGAGAACUGGUCAAGUCCCUUGGUGGAGAGUCGUCUGGUGGCACAACACCUGUGGGCAGUUUCCACACAGAGACAUCAAGGUGGACAGACCGCUCCCUCUCCCCCUCAGCCAAGGAGCCCCUGGUCUCUGAUUCUGGGGACAGCCAUGAGCUUGAGCCCUGUCUUGAAGAUGGACCCCAAGGCUGA